AUGUCACCCAAGCCCAAGAUCCCCAAGGAGGAGGGGGAGCCUAAGAAGUCUCUAGCCUCGACCCGCGGGGCAUUAACACGAUCCUUCAAAGAGCGUGACGGCCUCGGUGCCUACACCCACGACCCCGCCGCAUUCCCAGGCAGCCGUGUUAUCUACUACAACGACGACUUCGUCGCCAUCAACGACCUAUACCCCAAGUCCACCGUGCACGUCCUGCUGCUCCCCCGAACGCCCCUCAGUCGCCUCCACCCCUUCGACGCCUUCGACAACCCCUCCCUCCUUGCCUCCGUGCAGGCCGAGACCGCCAAGCUAAAACACCUGGUCGCGACCGAGCUGCAGCGGCGAUACGGGCGCUUCAGUGCGCAGGACCGGGAGCGGGAGGCCAUCCUUAACGGGGAGAAGGAGUGGGAAGCGGGGAAGGAGCUGCCGGUGGGGCGAGACUGGGAGAAAGAGCUGCUGGUCGGCGUCCACGCGCACCCGUCGAUGAACGACCUGCACGUGCACAUUCUGGCGCCGGAUAUGGUGUCCGAGUGCAUGCGCCACCGCAAGCACUACACCAGCUUCAACACGCCCUUCCUCGUCGACAUCGCCGACUUCCCCCUCGCCAAAGACGACCCCCGCCGACAUCCUAGAAACGCGGAGUACCACCAAAGAGACCUGAUAUGCUGGCGCUGUGGCAAGAAUUUUCUGAACAAGUUCAAGCAGCUCAAGGAGCACCUCGUAGAAGAGUUUGAGGAGUGGAAGAAGGAAUGA